GAUGGCUGAGGAGGAGGAAGAAGGAGCAGCAGCAGCAGCAGGAGCAGCCGAGGGGGGCUCCCUGGAGGAGGGCUCGGGGGAGGCCGAGGGGCCGGAGGAGGGGGCCUGGUCCUCGCCCCUCCUCUCCCUGGCCAAGAACCUCAAGUCCUCCUCUGCAGCCCUGGUGGUAGGACUCAUGCCCAAGCCCGCCUCCAGUGACAGCAGCCCCGCCAAGCAAACAAAAUACCACACGAUGGAAGAACGUUCAAAUCUCAUGAACAUGAUGAAGCUGAGUGUUAAAGUCUUAAUUCAGUCAGCCUUGAGUCUGGGCAGGACUUUGGAUUCUGACUUCCCUCCCCUGCAACAGUUCUUUGUGGUCAUGGAGCACUGUCUCAAGCAUGGACUUAAAGCUAAAAAGAGUUUUAUUGGGCAAACCAAAUCCUUCUUUGGACCUUUAGAACUGGUGGAGAAGCUUUGUCCAGAAGCAUCAGAUUUAGCAACAAGUGUCAGAAAUCUGCCAGAGUUAAAGACUCCAGUAGGAAGAGGCAGAGCUUGGCUUUACCUUGCUGUGAUGCAAAAGAAACUGGCAGACUACCUGAAAAUACUCUUGGACCACAAACAUUUGCUGAGUGAAUUUUAUGAGCCUGAUGCCUUGAUGAUGGAAGAGGAAGGAGCUGUGAUAGUUGGUCUUUUGGUGGGUCUGAAUGUCAUUGAUGCAAACCUCUGCUUAAAAGGAGAAGAUCUGGAUUCCCAGGUUGCAGUGAUUGAUUUUUCCCUUUACCUAAAGGAUACACAAAACAGUGACAAUGGCAAAGAAGAUGGAGGAAUAACUGCUGUGCUUGAUCAGAAACAUUAUGUGGAAGAGCUUAACCGCCAUCUAAGUUGUACUGUUGGAGAUCUUCAGGCCAAGAUAGAAUGCUUAGAGAAGACCAAUUCAAAGCUCCAGGAAGAGUUGGCAGCCGCAACAGAUCGGAUCCAGGCGCUUCACAAUGAACAGCGAGAGCUGAGGCAAGAAAAUGAACUAAUCCGUGAACGAAGUGAAAAGCACGUGGAGGUAACUAAAGAAGACACAAAAGUUGAACUGGAAACAUACAAACAGUCACGCCAAGGCCUGGAUGAAAUGUAUAGUGAUGUGUGGAAGCAACUGAAAGAAGAAAAAAGAAUCCGUAUGGAGCUGGAGAAAGAGCUAGAACUACAAAUUGGAAUGAAAACCGAAAUGGAAAUUGCCAUGAAACUGUUGGAGAAAGAUACUCAUGAGAAGCAAGAUACUUUGGUUGCUCUUCGCCAGCAGCUAGAAGAAGUUAAAGCUAUCAAUUUGCAGAUGUUUAAUAAAUCUCAGAAUACAGAGACUACUCUGCAACAGAAAAAAGAAGCAAUAUCAUCCUUUGAAGGCAAAACAGAUCAAAUGAUAUCUUCUAUGAAACAAAUGGAGGACAGAUUGCAGCAUGCAGAAAAGGCCAGAAGGAAUGCAGAAGAGAAAAGUGUCAAACUGAAACGAGAACUGGGUGGCAGAAUUGAGACCCUGAAACAACAAUUAAGCCAGCUGGAUAACAAGUGUUCAACUCUUGAGAAAGAAUUAAAAUCUGAGAAAGAGCAGCGACAGAAUCUGCAACAAGAGCUACAUCAAGAGAAAGAUACCACUACUUUGCUCAAAACAGAACUACAGCAAGUCGAAGGUUUGAAAAAAGAACUGAGAAAACUGCAAGAAGAAAAGCAUCAGUUAGAAAAGACCUGUGAAGAUCAGGAACAGGCCCUUCAAGAAAUGGGGCUUCAUCUUAGCCAAUCCAAGCUUAAAAUGGAAGAUAUUAAAGAAGUAAACAAAGCAUUAAAGGGCCACACCUGGCUUAAAGAUGAUGAGGCAACCCACUGUAAACAAUGUGAGAAAGAAUUUUCCAUCUCAAGAAGAAAGCACCACUGUCGAAACUGUGGACACAUCUUUUGCAACACAUGUUCCAGCAAUGAGCUUGCACUUCCAUCCUAUCCAAAGCCUGUACGAGUUUGUGAUACCUGCCACACUUUAUUGCUUCAGAGGUGUUCAUCAAAUUCUUCAUAAACUAAGCUUGUUUUAGAACAACCAUGUUUAACAAGAGAAUAAACUAACAGUUCUUUCAUGGAAUCGAAGCUGCACCUUUCUUCAUCACACAUUUCUUAUGGUAAUUUGCCAUGUUGGAAUGGGAGAAAUAAACUUUAUAAUAAUGGGGCUUACAGAAAUUAUGGAAGCUGAAUAUUUUGCAUAGCUUAAGUGCCAGAAAAUGUUAAAACAUAAAAAGGUCUCAAUGUGCUGCAACUCUUGAAAUGUGCAGUCAUAUUUCUUUUGUCUAUAGAUUACAAAAAAAAUUCUAUUGUUUGUAUUUAACUUUGUACUUGAUAUUUGUACAUCUGAUCUCUAAAAUAAAUUACUUUUCUGAACACUUUAGUCCUAUGGAUCUACUACUGUAACAAUUCCAAUUGAAAAAUUCCCUCUAGAUUUCUAUGUAGUCCAAGCUGAAAAUGUCAGCUUCUUAAAAGGUGUCCCCAUGGAAGAAUUUUUUAAAAGCAAUGUAUAAAAUGAAUGUGCCUUCGCUAUACUUCAAAAGUAAAUAUAGAUUCAUGUUUCUAAAGCACCUAUAAAAUAGUGAUAAUGCAAUAAAGACUUAAAAUUGAAUUAAA